AUGUCAAGCCACAUUAAAAAGGCAUCAGUCUCGAGUCCACCAUUGAUUAUGGCCUCUCCCAUAUCAAAAGGCUCCAAGAGACCUGCCGCUGCCCUGUCUUCUGACACCUCGUCUAAUUCGGUCAACUCGAUCGCUAUACCUUCCAAGAGAUCUAAGACUGGCAAGAGAUUGGAUAGCCAGGCUGAGUCAAGCUCUAGUGGCUCUAUUCAUAGUCGAUUGCCCUCCGAGGACCCCGACCGAUACAAAACACAAGGAAUAGCCGAUCUCGCUACUUAUGUCAAUGAUUACAAAGGAUGUCCCAUAUUUGAGGACUUCGAUUUUGAAACCAUGGCUCAAGCUUUCCAGGACAUCUUGAGGGCAGACUUCCGGCGUGUGACAGAGCAAAAAGCACUCAAGGAAGGUGUUCUUCAUGCCAUCCAGCACUUUGAGGUUCCAGACGGUUGGUUCAACCUCCCAAAGAUAAUUGAGAAUAUGGAACCAAGCCAUCAUAGACCAUUUGCGGAUAUCAUCGGUGAUAUGCUUAAGACUAGCAGUAUCCGCAUUACCGAUGCUGCUGGCCUUACGGUAGAAGAGGUUCUCGAUGUAAGACAACCUUUACGGUCUUCGUGUUUUAUAGGCGACUAA